AUGCUGGGGAGGCUCAGAAUCGUGCUGGUAUUCGAGCUGACAGUUGUGUUCACGUUGUGCUGUUUGCUCGUUUGUAUAUACGUUGUUUUUCCCACCCUCCUGUGGGCAUGGGUCUUCGUUUUGAAGGGACAGCGCCUCGCGUCUCUUCCUCCUCCUCCUCCUCCUCCUCCUGCUCUUGUGGAGCUCCCCCUCCUUUGUCCUGCCUGCCCUGUGGUACUCACAUCUGUGCAUCGUUGGGCCCCUCGCCAGGAUAGGUUUCUACGAUUUGUCGCCGCUGCACCUCCUCGCUUAUUUUGCAAGCAUUUUGUUGCCGCUGGCCUCCAAUUGUCGGUCGCCCCAGACAGCCUCGGCUCGAAGAGCUCAUCGUGA